AACGGCCUAAAUUCAAAUCUGCCUUCAACUCCCACAAUGCACUCGGUGGGUCUGGCUUCCGGUCCUGCGCCCUUUCUGGAGCGGAUUGUAACCCGGAGUCAGGAUUCGAUAAAUGAAGUGUCUUUUGCAGGAAAGGUUAACAGAAUGGCAGCGCAGCCUCCAGACGAGUUCAUCUGGUGUGAGGACUGUGGACAGUACCACGACUCUGAGUGCCCUGAACUUGGACCUGUGGUGACCGUCCAGGACUCUUUUGUCCUCAGCCGGGCCCGUUCCUCACUUCCAAGUAGUCUGGAGAUCAGGCCAGUGGCAGACCGUGGCGAAGGCGUCUUCGUCCAGCGUCAGCUGGUCAAAAGGACACGAUUUGGGCCGUUUGAGGCGAAACGGGUCCCCGUUUUGGAGAAGGACGUUGCCUUCCCUUUGAAGAUCUUCCAAAAGGAUGGCGUGGUGGUGUGUUUUGACUCCAGUAGCGAAGAUGACUGCAACUGGAUGAUGCUGGUGCGACCUGCCACAGAUCACCAACACCAGAAUCUGACAGCAUACCAGCAGGAUGAUGAGGUGUUCUUCAACACAUCCCAGGAUGUGCUCCCAGGAACAGAGCUGAGGGUCUGGUAUGGAGCUUUCUACGCAAAAAAGAUGGAGAAGCCAGUGCUCAGGUCUCCAGUUCAGCCACUGCUACCUCCAGAAGCCUCUGAGAAAAUUGUCGUUAUGCCCCCUGUGGUGAAAGACAACCAUGCAGGUCACAUGACAAGUGCUGUCAGUAAGGUGCUGACCACGACAGAGCUUCCAGAAGACUCACUGACAUCGCGAGAGGAGAGCACAGUCGGGCAAGGUGAGGACGUUCACGAACCCGCUGCUCCGCCUCCUGUGAAGAGGGUGACCACACGUGGAAGAAAAGCUAAGGGCCGCAGACCUCGACCCGUUAUUGCUGCAAGCAAAAGUAAAGUACGGAUGUGCACAGAUGUGAAGCAACCCACCGAGAGCACAAAGUCAGGUGCUUCAGAGGCAGCAGCUGCUGCAAAGACGAGCCACCAGCUCGGGGCUUCGGACGUCGGGGCCGUGCACAAGAGACCCCAAGGCCGAGAGCACAAGAAGGUGUACCGCUGCUCCCUCUGUAACAAGGUCUUCCAGAACAGCAGCAACCUGAACAGACACAUUCGAUCACACGGUGAUAAACUGUUUAAGUGUGACGAAUGUGACAAGUUGUUCAGCCGCAAAGAGAGUCUGAAGCAGCACAUCUCCUACAAGCACAGCAAGAAUGCGCCUGACCUGGAAUACAAAUACAAAUGCAACACAUGUGACAAAUCCUUCCGCCUGGAAAAUGCCUUAAAAUUCCACAACUGCAGGACAGAUGAUAAGACGUUCCAGUGCGACAUCUGCUCCCGCUUCUUCUCCACCAACAGCAACCUCUCAAAGCACAAGAAGAAGCAUGGCGAAAAGCUAUACUCCUGUGAGAUCUGCAACAAGAUGUUCUAUCGCAAAGACGUCAUGCAGGAGCACCACAGGAGACACAGCGUUGGACCGAAGCACAUGAAGAGAGAGGAGCUGGAGGCCAACGGAGAAGAAGCUACCAAGUACCGGAAAGAACCAUCACCGUGCCCAAUCUGUGGGAAGGUGUUCUCCUGCCGAAGUAAUAUGAACAAACACCUGCUGACUCACGGCGAUAAGAAGUACACCUGCGAGAUAUGUGGCCGCAAGUUCUUCCGCGUGGACGUGCUUCGAGAUCACAUCCAUGUUCACUUCAAGGAUAUCGCCUUAAUGGAUGAGCAGAAGAGGGAGGACUUCAUCAAGAGGAUCGGCAUUUCAGUAGGCGACAGUGACGAAAAAGAUGACGAGGAAGAAGAGGAAGAUGACCCCGAGCGGCAUAAGUACAACUGCAAGAAAUGUCAGAUGUCGUUUGGGAAGGGCCGGGAAUACCUGAAGCAUAUCAUGGAGCAGCACAAAGAGCGAGGCUACGGCUGCGGGAUCUGCAAUCGCCGAUUCGCGCUGAAGGCCACGUACAAUGCCCACCUGGUUAUCCACAGGGAGCAGCUGCCGGACCCUGCUGUGCAGAAGUAUAUCCAUCCCUGUGAAAUUUGUGGCAGAAUCUUCAAUAGUAUUGGUAACUUGGAGAGGCACAAGAUCAUCCACACUGGGGUGAAGAGCCAUAGCUGUGAUAAGUGCGGCAAAUCAUUUGCAAGGAAGGACAUGCUGAAGGAGCACCUGCGGGUCCAUGACGACAUCCGAGACUUCCUGUGUGCCGAGUGUGGUAAAGGCAUGAAGACCAAGCAUGCUCUUCGGCACCACAUGAAGCUACACAAGGGCAUCAAAGAGUAUGAAUGCAAGGAGUGUAACCGCAAGUUUGCCCAGAAGGUCAACAUGCUCAAACACUACAAAAGGCAUACAGGUAUAAAGGACUUCAUGUGUGAGCUGUGCGGGAAGACGUUCAGUGAAAGAACGACUCUAGAGACUCACAAGCUUAUCCACACAGUGGGGAAGACGUGGACGUGUGCAACCUGUGACAAAAAGUAUCUGACCGAGUACAUGCUGCAGAAGCACGUGCACCUGACCCAUGAGAAGGUGGAGGCCCAGUCGUGUGUGCUGUGCGGCACCAAAGUGUCCACGCGGGCCUCAAUGAACCGGCACCUGCGACGCAAACACGCCGACGUGGUGCCUGUGAGAAUCGACGACUUUGAUGAGCUUCAGGAAUGCCAGACGAUCAACGACUCGUCCAUCAGCAUCGUGCAGCCAACCCUGACGCUGGAAAAAGACAGCAUGUCUCAGGAAAGACCCAGCCGCCCUACCCGCCUGGCCAAGAAGAAGCUAAGAGUUGCGAGCGAGCCAGAACUUUCCGGAUCAGACGAUUACGUCGAUUUCACCGAGCCCAGACACGAGCCCCUGCCAGAAUUCAACACGGUAGUCAUUGGUGAGGAGAUGGAGACCAGCUCUGCAGUGCAGAGUAUCCAGCAGGUGGUGGUCCUCACCGACCCCAACGCUCCGCCUGCCUCCUCCCCCCACAGCUCAGUGGGGUUGAGCAACAUCACGGUCACGCCCAUCACCAGCCCGCCUCCCGCUCAGUUCACCAGCCUGCAGCCCGUAGCCGUCGGCCAGCUGACAGCUGGCGACAGACCCCUCUCGCUUGACAACUCCAUCCUCACCGUCACCUUUGACACGGUCAGCGGCUCGGCCUUGCUCCACAACAGGCCCGCCGACCUCGUCCCAGAAACUGCGGGUCCCACCGGAGGCCCGUCGGCCCAGUCGGUGGCGCACUUCAUCAACCUCACCACUCUCGUCAACCCCAUGAGCCACCAGCUUGAGGCCCCGACUCUGGCUUGGAGGCCUGUGUCAGCGGCAGAGGGCGGCCAGGUCACCCCUGUGGUCGAGGGGGUCCAGGGAGAGAUUCACGAGGCCCAGAGUCACGGGACGGAAGUAGGCCGGCCCGGUCAGAGCCAACCACCCACUCCGCAGCCGCAGAACGGUGCCGCACAGCAGAUGUUCAGCUACUAAUGAGGAGUGGAGGUGCUGGCCACCUCGCUCUUUUCAUAUGUAAAUGAUGUACAUUUGAUAAAACUACAUGGAGUUGAUCAUUUUCACCCAGAUGCCUCUACAGCGCCUUUUGUCCCCUUUUUGUUGUCUGACAAGUCAAACUGUACGGUAUGUAUGCGCACAUACACCACUCACUCAGAGGUUGAGAGAUUGGGCUUCAGGGUGAAAUUUGAGGCGCUGCAUGUUAGAGAACAGCAAGUUGUGCAAAAAACACUGAAACUUUGAACAGUUGGACGUGUGUAUUCAAAAGUUUUGACAAGGUCAAAUGAUGUUCACCUGUAAAAGGUUCUAACACCUAACACAUCCUGAAAUCUCACUAAGAAGCCCAAUAUUCCAAACUUUUUGUGAAUAGUAUACAGUACAUAAAUGGGUACACAUACAGCAAUCCCUCGCCACGUCACGCUUUGAAUUUCAUGUCUUCACUCUAUCAUGGCUUUUAAAAAAUAUCUGAAUAAAUCCUGCUGUUUUAUGAUUGAAUAUGGCCUAUUAUUAGUUGAAAAUAUGCGUAUUUAAGCACAUUUUACAUAUUUUUGCUUAAAUUAAACAUUUUCAAGCAUAAAAAUGGCUAAAUGAACUAAAAUACAACUAUAAACCAUUCAGAAGAUGCAUUCAAAGAUGCUGGGAUGAUUUGUAGUAUUCAACACUGGUCACUAGGUGUCAGUAAUGUUACUGUGAUGUUUGGUGAGACACACAAGCACCAGACUUGAUCGCCAAAGCAGCAGGCUUUUAUUGCAGGUUUAAAUGAUCUUACAACAAGCACAGUAAUCCCUAAUGCAAUCUCUUGUUGCGGCAGUAACUCACGCCAAGCUAAAAUUCAACUCUGAACCCUCAACAUCACUUCCUGUCCGUGCUACCGCAACACAUUUAAGGUAAAACACACACGAGCACGAGUCUUAUGUAUGUCUUAAUUGGCUUAUUUUCUGUUAUUAUGUCUACUGUAUUGGGUAAUACAAGCAUAAAGGGGACUAUAGGGAUCUAAUAAUGUUAAAAGCCGUAUUUAGAAGGCUGCAAACAGGUUUGCUCUAACGAUGAAAAUUUUCACUUCACGGAAAUUCACUUACCAACAGUCGGUCUGGAACCAAUUAACCGUGAUAAACAAGGGAUUACGGUACUUAUAUAAAGUACAUCCUCACUUUUCGCAGGGAUUCCACGCCUGCCAGUGAAUGACGAUAAUCCGUGAGUAAUUGAUACAGUAGAUAUCUUUAUGGGUGUAUGUUUGACCUGCCAACAAAGUAUGCAUUUUUUGUACACGGCACAUACCGUAAGUCCGUUUGAAUGCUUCGCCACUGUCGGGUACGUAUUUUGUUGCAUUUUGCCGGUUUCGGUUUCCACGUCGCUUACGCCAGUGCCGUGAUGCCAGAGCCUAACGAAGCCUUCAGUCUCGUAGCGUGAAGUGUACUUCCUUGAGCUGUGCCGACGCUGACCCGUUAAGACUGUGUGCAUUAUUUUCUAUCUGUAUACGACUCACUGUGGGGGCGGACAGCAUACUGUAGCUCUACGAGCGCCUUGUCCUCUGAUGUCGGGGCUACUGACAGUUGUCACGUUGUCAUGCAUCGAUUAUUUCCAGCUACAGUAACAAAAUCCAUCCUGAUUGACGGUUGUCAUUACGAUCACACACUAACUUGUGUUCACCUCCCUGCGAGUUUUGAGGCACUUUCGCGUCUCACGGCAACUGUGGUGCGUUCAAGGACCGCCGAACAAAGUGCAAAAUCUCAACACUUUCUGAAAAAGCAUUACCAGUCAAGCACAAAGACAUAAACAUAUGUGGUUAUAUAACAGUGGUACAUGGAUGCUGUACAUUUGAACUGUAUUGUCACGUAUUUAUAAAUUAUUACCCACUUAGGGUGAAUGAGUAGAGUUUUGUUUUGUUUUGUUUUUUGGACCAAAAAUCUGCAACUUCACGGGGCCGUGAAAGCUGAAUCGGGAAUGUGUGGGCACCCACUGCAUACAGUCAUGGCCAAAAACAUUGGCAAAUUGGCCAAUACUUUUGGCCACAUGCAAAGACACAUGCAUACAUACAGCACACAUACCCUAAACAUCUGAGUUACAUCUGAAACCAAAGGUUCACCAGCCUUUUAAAACAUGCAUGUUAUUGAGUCUCUAAAAAACGAAGCUUGUCAAACUGAAAAAGAAGUCAUGUGAUAAGUUGAAGUUACAUUUUAAUGCUUUUUUCUUGUCUUAAAGUUAGUACUCAUAUCUUUAUGAAGUAGUCUAAAGUGAUUGAUUUGUCUACCUGUAAAGAGGAUUUGCAUUGUAAACUGAUUAUGAGACUCACAUUGAAUUUUUUUUCCCGUUUGAAUCAUGAAUAAAGCUUCAGUGUGUGUGU